UAUGUUUUAAUAUAAAUCUGUUUCACAAAUAUUCUUGGUGUUAUUUGUUUUUUAUAUUUUCGAUAUAGUGAAAUUGUGGUUACGUGCAUUAUCCUCUUCACUUUAUUUAAGCAAAAUAAUGAAUAAUAGAACAGGUUUGUUCAAAUACGAAUCUGCUUGGACCGCGUCAGUCGACCGGGAGUCACUUUGCUUCGCAGAACGUGUCGGUCUUUACAUAAAUAGUGCUUGAAAAUAUUCAUAAUGAAAAUUAAAUCGACAAUAUUUAUUUUUUUAAUUGCUGUUUGGAGUUGCAACUGCCAUCUGCGGCUCCUUGGUGAUAUCUUGACAGGUGCGCAUGACAGAAUACAUUCUAGUAUUCAAAAUGUGGCGGGUGCAGUAUUAGGGAAUGUACAUCAUGGACUGGAUUUUAACAUUGGAGGCCAUGUUGGCGCAAAUGGUCAAAGACGACCGGAUAACCAGGGUAAUACAAACGGGCCAGGAGAUACGGUGGUAGUGGUAAUAAAAGAAGAAGAUAAUAAUAAUGACAACUAUAGACCUCCGGAUAAUAACUUUCAACGCCCCAAUGGACCUCCACAUAAUAAUCAUCACCAUGGGCCCCCACAUAAUAAUCAUCACCAUGGCCCCCCACAUAAUCAAAAUAACCAGUUUGGACAAAAUAACCAGAGACCUAAUUACAAUAAUCCAAAUAACUUUAUAAACAGACCACCGAAUAGACCCAACUAUGGAAAUGACUAUCCUGAUAAUGAUUAUCAAAAUCAAGGAAAUGGAAACUUCAAUAACCGCCCAAACAGUCAACAACAUGGUUAUGGACAGAAUAACUACCCAAAUAAUCAACAGCAAGGUAAUGGCUAUGGACAGAAUAACUACCCAAAUAAUCAACAACAAGGUAAUGGACAGAAUAACUACCCAAAUAAUCAACAACAAGGCAAUGACUAUGGACAAAAUAAUAAUGGAUAUCCUAACAAUCAAAACAAUAACUAUAAUCGCCCUAAUUUUAACAAUGACAGACCCGAUAUUACUGGAAACCCGCAACCAUCCGACAACAACCCGCAACAAGUUGGUCUAACGAUCCCAUUCGAUAAAACAACACAAAACCCUGAGAGGCCGUCGACGGAGGUUAUUUCGAAACCAGACUAUCAGCAUAAAGAGGAGUCGACAAAAAAACCAGUUGACAACGAUGCACCCUUCUUCGUUCCCCUAAAUCCUAAUGAGUACUCGUAUGGUGGAAAUAAAAUCAACAUAACAGACCCGAAAAGGGAUACAAAUAAUAAAGCAGAUUCCGAAGAUGAAGAUUUUAAUAUUGACAUAAGAAUUAAAGAUGAAUAAACUAUAAGUUCUAUAUUAUGUAUAUGUAAGUAUUCAAAUGGCAUUUGUAUUUUGAACACAAAUAAAUAUAUUUUUUUUAUAAAAACCAGUUGAUUUUAAUGUGUUUUACUAAUUAGCUCGAUCAUGUAAAAUAUAGAGAUCAUUCGUAUUAAUGAUAUACACUGAGAUAGUCUCAUUAAACAUGACAAUGUGCUCUGUUAAUUUUUAAAAAUUAAAAGAUUCAAAAGUCAAUUUCAAGGAGCCAUUUCUAAAAAAAAUCUUACUUUGCUUUAUAAUAUUAUGUACCUACAAUAUAAUCAAAGGAAAAAUACACACACUGUAAAAAAGUACCAAAUAAAUUAAAUAUCAGAACUUAGUUACCUAGGUACUAAUAAUCCACAAAAGAAUAUAUUGUAUCGUCUCGAGUGCAAGUUUUUAUAAUACAUAUUUGUAAUAACAUUAACAAACAAAAGAAUUACGUACUCAAGUACUUGAUUCAAUUAAACAUGACGUGUAAGGUAUUUUUUCCAUCUUACGUCGGAACUAAAAAGAUGAGUAAUAAAAAUAUCCAAGGAAUGUCCGCAAUAUAUAAACUACAUUCGUCAGUAUAACAAUGAUAAUAAUAGAAAUAAGUAGUUGAUACCCAUACUCUACUAACUACUUGAUCCUUCUAAGCCUUAAAAAUCAGUGUCGAUAAAAGUAAUGUUCAUUCAAUAUUUCGGAUGACUAAUCUAAUUAGAAUAUCCCAAUAUUUAUAGUAGUAUGACAUUUACGAAACAAAAAACUGAUGUGUAUGUGUAUUGUGUUUACGUACAAGGUCAAUGUUUUAUGUACCUCAUAAGACUUCCUUUUUUAUUGUACCAAUUCACGAAGUAAAUUAUGAACGUUAGUUCUCGUGGCCUUAAGAGCAAAAAGUGUAAAACAAGUAAACCUAGCGUAACUACUUAUUACGCGAUUGACAGUCCCUCGAUGUACACAUUUUGUUGCUUAUUUAUAGAAGACAUUACUUAGUUCAUACCAUGAACGUCCUUGCCAACUAUACACAUAAUUAAUUUAUGAAGUGUACAGGAAAACCGACAGUCAUGUUGAAUCUAGUUAUUUUCCUGUGGUCACUGUUAGUGAACUAUAUUAAUACCCAGGAUAUCGUUGUUACUCACGUUAUAAGGACAGAAACAUUGUACGUCCUACAACCGUCUCAAGGUAGCGGUGCAGUGCUCCGUGACGAUCCUGACCAGAACGUUUACAAUCGCAAUAUAUCUAAUACUGAGCAGCCGAUAAUAUCCAGUGCUGAUCAUACAAUACAGCGUGAACAUAACGCGAAUAAUCAUCGCUCCAAUACAACGGAAAACAACAAUAAAACAAUGGCAUCAAAGCAAACUGAGACGACACAAGAUAAAGCAAAAGAUACCGUUUUAGUUAAAAAUCCAUUUAAAGUACCCCAUGAAACAUCUACAAAGAAGCCCACCACUGCAAGUGACGGAAUUGACGAAAAAAAGAAAGCUAAGAUACCUUCGCAUCCUAAUAAUAUCACUGAUGUUGACGACAUAUCUUUCGAAGACAGAUCAGUAUUCAGUGGUGAUCCGUGCCCUACAGGAUAUACACGAGUGAAUGACAAAUGUGUGAAAAUUGAUACCUAACAAAAUUUAUUUAUGUGUGAAUUAAAUAUAACAAACAAAAGCA